CCGCGCACAAACGCAAAGUCGGUGUCGCUGGCUGCAGGAACAGGGUCUUCUGUUCAAUCGUCAUCGGAUUUGCGAGGGCCUGGUUGCCGUCGCGAAGAUCCGUCGACAACCAUAUCGGCGCUUUUGAGAACGUUUUCGACGGCCAUUGUCGGUUGGGUAGGACCAAGGGGGUAUAGGGCCGGUACUUUUGGGAAGGAUCUGCACUGCGAGCAACUCAGAUGACACUGAAAACAGAGCGUUUGAUUAUACUUGCAGCAUAGGC